CUAUAUAUAAAAAAAAAGAAAGAAAAGAAGGUAAAGACCGAUUUUUUCUUUCGUUAUGAGAGUGUCGCGCAUGUGUGAUUUUAGCAUAUGUUGUGUCGCUUUCACUCAACUCAACUCAGAGUUACGCGGCGUCCCUUGCUUUGACUUAGAACCUCAGUAGGAAGUGAGUCUAUGCUGGCGUACUACCUUGCUAGCUCCAACCACUGCCUGUUUUACAACCGUUUCUGUGUUUCCGCUACCUAUAGAAUCUAUAUAUAUGCGACUGUUAGACACAGGAUGAAUUGAAAGGAGUUUGACCGAGGAAGAUUCGAAAGUCAUGUCGCGUGGUGGGCACGCGCCGUCCGUGAUUUUUUUUUAACGCAUUGAGUAGCAAAAUUUAUAUUGGACUUAUAUAAGAAGGGGAUGCACAAGCUGAAACUUUCUACCCCAGGGAUGAGCGUCCAUCUACGUUGUCUUGUUUUUUCGUGCUUGUGUCGGUAGCAGAUUACGAGGAGAAAACAGGAACUGAAGUUGGCGUAAUAAGUGGAAAUACAGGAUGGCAGGUCUUUCAAGUACAAGUAAGCGCCAGGAAGUUUUCUUUAAGUUUACAACAUAUAGUUUGAACAUUAGUGGAAGUUGAAGAUAUGUCAGAAGAAGGCGAAAUGUAUCACUUAAAAGUUCUAGAAAGUUCGAGUCCUAAAGAGGAUUGCUCUGCGACCCAUGGAUCGUUAACUAAUGAAAUAGGGAGAGACGCACAAAAAGAUAAAACUAUGAAUCUGCAGAAUUUUUUACAAGAACAAAACAAUGAAGAGGUUUUAAACUUUCCCAGUCCUAAAAAUGGUUCUUUUAAGAACAGUUUUCAGCUCACGCUAAAUAUGACUGUUAGGAAGAGCAAUGAGGAUACACAAUCCAUCAUCGAAAAACAUUUAAAUGGCCCUUUAAACCUUGUAAGUGACCUGAACAAGAACAGUGAAAGUUGUGAAAAUAGCUCAUCAAGAACUGAUGAGGACUAUAUGGAUGGCGAGGUAAAGUCACGGCUUGUCAUCAAGGAGGAAACAGAUGAAAGGCUGAAGACUGAGGAAGACAAAAUUCAAGAGUACCUAAAACGAAGUGAUACAGCUGUUAUAUUUCCAGAAUCUCUUGGAAAAGGACAAGCUAGUCUCGCUAAGAAAAAUAGACGGUGUCCUUCUAAAAAUGUCAGGACCAUAUUGGAAGACUAUGCUGUGACAUGUUCUCAUUGUGACGAAGCAUUCGCUGGUAGUCAGGCGUUAUAUGCUCUUCGUGAUCAUAUAAAAACAGCCCACCAAGAUCUGCAACAGCCCGUAAAUAAGAAAGAAAAUAACAAACACGUAUGCCCUAAAUGUAAUGUCUCAUUUUUGGAGAAGUCUCAUCUGGAGAAACACGAGCUCCUCCACGUAACGCCGGGCAAGGAACAGCAACAGUUAAACAACAACAACAACAAUGUAAGUUACGGGCUUCGGAAGUUUAAGUGUUUAGAAUGUGAAAAGUCUUUCAAAUUCAAGCACCACCUCAAGGAACAUGUCCGUAUCCAUAGUGGCGAGAAGCCAUUUGCCUGUCCGAAUUGUAACAAGAGGUUCUCUCAUUCAGGCUCGUAUUCAUCUCACAUGACCAGUAAAAAGUGUCUUAUAGUGAACGUGAAGGUUCGGAAAGUAGACACAAAACUUUUGCAAGGUCGCGGAAAUAAACAAAACACCAUCCGCCCAAUUGUGCCAAAGUACCACUUAAGUAGUCUUGUUGCCAUUGGUUCUUCUGAAGACUAUGUACCUACAGAAGAAGAAUUUUCAAUAGAUGUAACCAAACAAAAGAAACCUCAAGCUGCAACCCAGUCUACGCUCCCUUUAGAACUUUCUUUACAUAGUGUUCUUGAUCCUCAAAACCCAAACACUCGUACGAAUUAUCUACCAGUUUCAACACUAACUAGCGUUUCAAAUGUUCUCUCCACAACUUCGAGUCUAUCAUCAUUAUUACUUAGUCCAUCAAAGUCAUCAAAUACCGAUCUUGAUUUUGAGACAAAGAGUGGAGAGGAAGCUAACAUUUCUGAUAAAGAACGAACAACUACAUCUUCGUCUCCGAAUUUCUCACCAGAGAGUGAUCUAAAAGCUGUUAAAAAAAUUCUUGAAAUUGUAGACGAAACGAUUGCUAAGCAGCAGCAGACUCGCGAUUCCAAAAAUGGACGUAGCGGGCUUCUCUCUGAACUAUUGAAUGUACCCCCAUUUUAUCGUCCCCUGAAGAUUCCUCUAGGAAAACUACUAUCUAGCUUGAAGAUAGGGUCUAGCCCAAUUGAUCAAGAGCAAUUUCAAUGUAAAUCUGGUGAUGAGCAGUUUGCAAAGAGAAUUAAAUAUAUCCAGUAUGAUCGGUACAAAAUAUGUGCAGAUAGUUCAAAGUCAGCCAAUGAGAAUGUAAAUGGUGAAAAUAGUCUAGAGAAUGAUACAAUAAACGGGGAGGAUGUUGAUAAUUUGGAAGGUGUUGUCAUACAACAUGAAAACUCUUCCGAUCUUGAAAGAUGCUCACCCAGAUCGUCAAUUGAAAGUGAAGAUGAAAGAAAUCCGGGUAAAACUGCCAGAACUCUUUAUUUAAAUGAUGAAAAAAAUGUUCCAAUUCAUAAUAUGUUAAGUGGAAAUAAGUUAAUAGCAUUAGAAGCUUUUCAUAAUCGGAACCCAAAUCCAGCAAAAUACGAAAUCAUGAAGAUGGCAAGAGAAAUCGGAUGCUCUUCAAAAAUAGUACAAGCCUGGUUUCAAGCUAAAAAAGAUAAAAACAUUUAUAAAAAUCCGCCAAUCCAAAUACCGAAGGUUUCAUUUACAAAGUACACGAAAAUAGAACCGUCAUUAUCGUAUGAGGAUCAGUCAUAUUAUGAUGGACACUUCCUGAACAUCCCGCAGUACAAACCUCAGUCUCUGCUCAAUUUUCCUGCCAUGUCAGAUUUUCUCUCAAAUUAUAAGAGUGUGAUUCCAUCUGGUAGAAUCAUACCACCUUCUGCUCACAGUCAAAAUAUCUUCUUUGGCUGUGGAUCUCCAUGUGUCUUUCCACCCUAUUUUGGAACACAUGAAAAUAAGUUGUUAAAUACUCAGUUUGUUGAGCCGGACUGUGAUUUGCCGCUGGAUCUAUCUUUAAACAAAGAACGGACUUCCCCUCAUCAUGAAAACGAUCACGAUAAUUUUAAAGCACAAGAUUACAAAUGUGAAGUAAUAAACCUUAGUCAAAAAUCCAGUCGUAUAUCAGUUGUCUCGAACAAAAACACUGAACAUUGUGCCACAAACGGAAACUGUGUUGAAAAUGUGAGUACUACACUUUUUACACACAGAUACGAACACCAAGGUAACGCUUUCAGAGUUCUUACCAAAGAUAGAUCUGCUGGAUCCGUGGUGUAUAACGAUGUUGGGACGUGUGAUAAUUAUCCCUCCAAUUCCACAAGCCCUCAUCAUGAAUACCCAAGAAUGUCUGUAAUUAUGGACAACAGGCCUUCAAGUCCCACUAGUGGUUCUUCGCUAGGACUAAAUCCUCAUUCUCCAGGAAGUGAAGAAAUACCAUCUUCACCCGAACAAAACAGCCUGGAAGGAAGAUUAACUCCAGCUAUUAGGAAUGAAAGAUCUGACACAAAUGUGUAUCCUCCGGAUAGCAAUGAAAGCUGGCAAGUGGACAAUUCGAAAAGGUUCGGGAGAAAGGUUAGCAGAGAAGGGCAUCGAAUUGUCGCAGAAGAAAAUCUAAAACCUGAGCAAGGUGAUGUGAUUGAGGUGAAAAAGAAAAAGCUUUCAGUAGGCAAGUCAGAAGGAGAAACUUUAUAUGGAUGUGACCAGUGUACCAAAGUGUUUAGCAAACAAAGUUCACUGGCUCGACACAAAUACGAACAUUCCGGUCAAAGACCUCACCAAUGCAGUGAAUGUAGCAAAGCCUUCAAACACAAGCACCAUCUAACGGAACAUAAGCGACUUCACAGUGGCGAGAAACCUUUCCAGUGCCAAAAGUGUCUGAAACGAUUUUCUCAUUCCGGCUCCUUCAGUCAACAUAUGAACCAUCGAUACAGUUACUGCAAGCCUUACCGAAACUAGAAAACAAGGAAAUGUACAAAUAUGGUGCCAAAUAUUACGUUUUCUUUCUUACCUUUAAUUGAUGACAGAGUUUUUUCUUUUUACAUAAUUAUAAGAAAUCUCACGCUUCUUUGAAUUUAAGCAUGUCGACAACGAUUUCAAAUAGCUUCCUAAUUUAAUUAAAAAUUAAAUGUGAAUGCAUAUUGCCUUUUGUUGCCUUUCUCGGUACAACGAGAGAGACUGUCAAAGUAAUUCAUAAAACCAUUUGCCCAAUUCAUCGAAACUUAACUAUGAAAAACUUGUAGCAUGUUGUAUAGUUGUUAACACAACUCUUUUUUUUUUCUGAACAUUUACACUUUUUGUUAUCUUUAUUUUGUAUGAAAUUAUUUGUUGAAUAACGUACUGUCACAAAUGUGCAUUAGUUAAGGAGACUUGAAAGUGGUGACAUCUGGAGACAAAUUGAAAUCUCAGAAUUGUUUUGUUCACAGUUAUCACAUUAUCAGAUAAAUUUAAACCAAUCUUUUGGUUCAAUAUGAAAAAGGACAGAAUUCGAUAACUGCCCUUUGAGUAUUAAAUUCUCAAAAUUAUACAUUAGGGUUAAUCUCUAUCAGAUUUCCAUGAACGAUCGUUUGAAAAUAUUUAUAGUGAUUUAUUUGGUAAUUACUCUCUGAUUAUAAGAUUCUCCAAACUGCACAUUACCGUUAAACUCAGCAAUGAGAUUUUUAUCAACCAGUAAUAGGAAUGAUUAUUUGAAUAAUGUCUGUAAUAAUUCAGUGUAAUAUUUGUAAAUUCACCUACGUAGAAACUAUUGUAAUUUGUCACUUAUGAACACUAUUGCUGUAUAAAUUGUGACAGUGAAAACAAGAGAUUUUGAGAAGAUUGAAAAGCGAAUUAGCACAAACAUUUGAAGGUGUUUUGUUCCGAACUUUAUUUUUUUUCUUUGUAAGUUGCAGAAUUGUUGUUUAGAAAAGUGCCAAUUUUUAAAUUUU